UUUACUUCCAAACACUCUACAGAUGCUAUUUGUACUCUUACCAGCAGGGUGCAGUAUCUGUUUGUAGAGCUAUUCCUGGUACUUUGCUCUUUGCUCUUGUGUUACACUUAACUUUGCUCCCCUUCAUGCAUGCUACAUUCGCUGGUAUACUAAAUACUGUGCCUUAAUUACAGCAUACAACAAUCUGACUCACUAUUUAGUGCUCUUUUGGAUGUAGCUGCAGUCCCUGAGGCCUUCACUCAUCUGUAAUGUGUCUGUAAUAUUGCUUCAGAUACAGACGAGAUGCAGUACUGCAGCACACGUGGAGGGGUUCACGGCUGGGACUUCCGGGAUGUUCUCUUCUCAGCCUAUGCUCCAGACGGGGGCAUGUUCAUGCCUGAGACAAUUCCCUCAAUCUCCCCUGCCACUCUCCGAUCCUGGUGUUCUCUGUCCUACCAGCAGCUUGUGUGUGAAGUGUGUUCGCUCUUCAUCCCUGAGCAACUCAUCCCGAAACAUGACUUGGAAGGCCUCAUAUCUAGUGCUCUGUCCAAGUUCUCCGUGCCAGAUGCAGUGAAGAUGGUGCGACUGAAGGGCUCUCUGUCCAUCUUGGAACUGUUCCAUGGAAAGACGUUGGCGUUUAAAGAUCUAGCCAUGACCUGCACCACACGCUUUCUGGAGUACUUCCUGCGCAAGGACAACAGACGCGCCAUCAUCCUCGUGGGGACAUCUGGGGACACUGGAGGCUCAGCCAUCAGCAGUGUGUGUGAGCUUAGUGCGGUGGACAUAGUAGUGGUUUUCCCCCGUGGACGAAUCACUCAGGUGCAGGAGAGACAGAUGACCACUCACACAGAGGACAAUGUCCAUGUUUUUGCAGCGGAUGGAAGUUCGGAUGAAAUCGAGGUGCCUUUGAGGAAGCUGUUUGCUGAUCAGGACUUGGUGAAUCGCUAUGGUCUGAUGAGCCUGAACUCAGUGAACUGGUCACGCAUUCUGGUGCAGCUCGCUCAUUUUAUAUACGCCUACCUGCAGCUGAGUGGAGUUCGGGAUACAGACGGAGACAGACUACCCGCUCUGGAGGUUGUGGUGCCUACAGGAGGGGCAGGAAAUAUAACAGCUGGAUGCAUCGUAAAGCGCAUGGGGGUUCCUCUGCACCUCGUGGCCAUGGUGAACUCUAAUGACGUGGUGCACCGUGCAGUUCAGAGUGGAGAUUUCUCCAUGGCUGACAGUGUCAAGCAGACUCUGGCUCCAGCCAUUGAUAUUCAGGAUCCUUAUAACAUGGAGCGUGUGUUCUGGCUGUUAUCUGGAAAAGAUGGUGCUUUAGUAAAGAAGAUGAUGGAGCAGUUUCAGGACACUCACACACUCUCUCUACCUGAAACACUCCACAAAAAGUUGUGUUCAGUCAUGUGUUCAGGUUCUGUGUCUGAUGAGGGGAUAAUGGAGGCCAUAAAGAGGUGUUGGGAGGAAAAUCAGUAUUUGGUGUGUCCUCAUACAGCUGUGGGAGUCUGGCAUCACUACCACUGUCCUGUCCGCAAUGGGGAGAAUAGGUGUUGCAUUGCGACAGCUUCUCCAGCCAAGUUUCCCGAAGUGGUACAGAAAGCAGGCCUGACCAUCGACCUCCCUGAAGUGGUGAGGCAGCUGGAAACGAAGGAGACACGCUAUAAACAUCUGGAGCGAAGCGAGAACUGGGAAACAGCACUAAGAGAGCGUAUCGAGGCUAUCGGCUCUGCACGACAACAGGAAGCACUGUUUUAUACAGUAUAGCCAUGUUUAGUCACUGGAACGUUGUGGGUUCUAAUCUCUAUAUUAGUAUUCAACUACUCAAAUAUACAUUUGGGCCUUGAUUCACUAAAAAUUUGAGUGUAUAAAAACACAUGUGACCUUGAUAAAAAAAAAUUUGAAAAUUAAUUUUCUAAUGCCUUGGAAGAUUGUGUCUUUCAUAAGAGCAGUCUUGAAUGUGUUGCAUGGUUGGGGGUUUUCUAUACAUCUUAUUUUAGUAAUACACAAAACACACGUCAAUGCAGAUAGAUUAAUUAAGCACCCAUGGUGUGAUUUACUGCAGCCAAGUCACUUCAGGACCAGUAUUUUUGUUUAAAAUUUGAAAAUUAAUACCACCGAAGGGCAAGUAUGCAGUUUUAUGUAUGAUAUUUGCCAUAUGUUUGCACCUCCUGUUCCAACAGUAUUCAUGUGAAUAUGGUUUCUAACAUAUCUAUCAUAUAACAGAACUCACAGUCAUUUCUGCAUGCUUUUUGUUUUACAUUCAUAUUGUGUUUUAAACCAAUGAGCGUUUCAGUUCACUCUUCCGGGAGUCUCUUGGAGAUAACAUUUCUGCAUUUUCUAAAUCCCUUACAAAAAAUGCCAAAUAAUUGCACACACAGUUAACACUCUUUUUUUGAGAUUUUAGUAAAUCAGGGUCUUGUGUUGGAUUGUGUUGGACUGCCUCAUGUGUAUGUGAAAGAUUAAAAAAAAAAAACAUAUACCAAGUGAAUUGAAAAGGUACUGAAAAUGUUAGACUGUGCAGAAACUCUUUAAAUAUAAUUUAGUUUUAAUAAUUGCAUUUUUUUUUAUGUUUUGCUUUCAGAUUUGUUCCUGAUUAAAGAUUUGAUCAUAUAUUUUA